AUGGAGGACCAGCUCGUGUCGCUCCUCGCCAGCACCAUGCUGUCCGAGCAGGCACCCCGCCAGCAGGCCGAGCUCGACCUCAAGCGAGCCCGCACGAACCCUGCCUUCGCCGUCUGCCUCGCCAACAUCGCCAUGCACGCCUCCGUCACCGUCGCCGUCCGCCAGGCCGCCCUGACCUACCUCCGUCAGUUCAUCGAGGCCAACUGGGCCCACGACGACCCCGACGUCGUGCCCAUUCCCCUCUCGGACGAGGCGAGGGCUCACCUCAAGGAGAAGCUCCUCGACCUCGCCAUCGGCCACGAGGAGGACCGCAAGAUCAAGGUCCAGUCCAGCUACGCCGUCGGCAAGAUCGCCAUCCACGACUUCCCCGAGCAGUGGCCCGCCCUGCUGCCCGCCGUCCUCGGCGUCAUGUCCUCGGGCACCGACAACCAGCUGCGCGGCGCCCUGAGGGUCCUCGCCGACCUCACCGAGGAGAGCCUCUCCGAGGGCCAGUUCUUCUCCAUGGCCAGGGACAUCGCCAACGCCCUCACCGACGUCGUCCACAGCCCGCACCGCCCGCCCAUGAUCCGCGCCCUCGCCAUCUCCGUCUUCCGCACCUGCCUCGACCUCCUCAACAUGGUCAAGGAGAGCCACGCGAAGGAGGUCGACGCCUUCGCCACCCUGCUCCUCGACGGCGACGCCGCCGCCUCCACCCCCGGCUGGAUCCCCUUCUUCCUCGGCGUCCUCCGGGAGCGCCUGCCGGCCGACGACUUGUCCCAAGGCCAGCCCUCGCCCUGGAACAGCAUCGUCUCGCUCAAGCUGCAGGUCGUCAAGACGCUCAUCCGGCUGCGCCGCGGCUUCGGCAACCUCCUCCUGCCCCACAGCACCACCUUCUUCACGGCCGUCUGGGACGAGCUCACGAGCCUCCAGGAGCCCUUCGAGCGGCUCUACAUCCACAGCAGCAGCCAGGGACGCCUCCAGGACGCCGACAACAUGCCCUACACGCUCGACUUCCUCGUGCUCGAGGAGCUCGACUUCCUGAACCAGUGCUUCCGCGCCCCGCUCGUCAAGGCCGAGCUCGACGCCCAGCUCCAGGCCCACCCCUCGGCCGACCGGGUGCCAUGGAUGGCCCAGAUCAUGACCAUGCUCGUCAGCUACUCGCGCAUCAUACAGGAGGAGGAGGAGAUAUGGGACAUUGACUGCUCGCUCUACCUGGCCGAGGAGAUUGCCGUCACCGCCAACUACACGCCCCGCACCGCCUCGGGCGACCUGCUCAUCAAGCUCGGCGAGUGGUUCAACGAGAAGACGCUCGAGGGUCUCUUCGCCUACACCAACACCCUCUUCCCCGGCCAGGGCCCCCAGUACUGGCGGAGCCAGGAGUCGGCCCUCUACCUCUUCGUCAUGCUCCUGAGCGACUUCCAGGACCUCUCCAAGCCCGUGCCCGAGGCCGUCGCCGUCGAGUACUACAACAUGGUCAGCUACUCCAUCGCCCGCGACAAGGAGCCCCUGCUGCGCGCCAGGGGCUACCUCGCCGCCGGCAUGCUCGGCCGCUCGUUCCCGCUGCCCUCGGUCCAGCUCGACGCCUCGAGCCCCGCCGUGUCCAUGCUCGACCACAUGAUCGAGUCCAUCUCGACCGAGGACUCCGAGGUGGUCCGCGUCGCCUGCGUCAAGGCCAUCGAGGGCUUGAUCAGCGCCGCCAAGGUGCCCCUCGACAAGCAGCUCCCCUUUGUCGCCGCCAUCCACUCGUACAUGACGGGCAAGGACCCGGCCGAGAUGGAGGAGGCCGACGAGCUCAUGGUGACGCUCGCCGAGGCCCUCAAGGCCGCCGUCGGCCUCGAUUGCAAGAUUUGCCUCUCGACGGGCAUCGAGCCGCUCGACAUGCUCUUCAUGCUCGCCAAGCUCGGCGCCGCCAACUUCCAGGUCACCAUGCUCGUCACCGAGGCGCUCGAGGAGGUGGUCAAGGCCCUCUCGUGCGACGCCCACGCCUUCGGCGCCCUCUGCACCAAGAUUCUCCCCACCCUGACGGGCGCCUUCGACGUCGGGCCCCUGACCGACGACAACCCGUUGGUGACCAUCGCCACCGAGCUGCUGGCCGUCCUGGCCGAGCACAGCCCCGAGCCUCUGCCCGCCGGCUUCGUCGCCGCCACCUUCCCCAAGCUCAACCGGGUGCUGAUGGAGAGCACCGAGGGCGAGAUCCUCCGACCGGGUGCCGAGUCCAUCAAGUUCAUUCUCAUGCACGAUCACCAGCAGGUCUUCAGCUGGCAGGACGCCAACGGCGUGUCGGGCCUCGAGGUGUGCCUCCGCAUCAUCGACCGCCUGCUGAGGCCCGAGAUCGAGGACAACGCCGCCUCCGAGGUCGGUGGCCUCGCCGCCGAGCUCGUGGAGAAGGCCGGCCAGGAGCGGCUCGGUCCCUACCUGCCGCAGCUGCUGCAGGCGGUCGCCACCCGCGUCGAGAGCGCCAUGGCCGCCGCAUUUAUCCAGUCGCUCAUCCUCGUCUUCGCCCGGCUGUCCCUCACGGGUGCCCAGGACGUCGUCGAGUUCCUCAGUCAGCUCCAGAUCGGCGGCCAGAACGGGCUGCAGAUCGUGCUCUCCAAGUGGCUCGAGAACUCGACGAGCUUCGUGGGCUACGACGAGAUUCGGCAAAAUGUCAUCGCGCUGUCGAAGCUCUACUCCCUCCACGACGCCCGGCUCCCGCAGAUCACGGUCAAGGGCGACCUGAUCAUCAACGACGACGGGCGCAUCAAGACGCGCUCUCGCGCGAGGCAGAAUCCGGAUCAGUACACGCUCAUCCCGGCGCCUCUCAAGAUCAUCAAGGUUCUGAUUGAGGAGCUCCUGUCGGCUUCCGGCGUGCGCAGCGCCGCCGACGUGGCGUCCUCGGCCGUCGCCGGCGGCCAAGAGGUCGUCUCGGACGACGAGGACGACGGCUGGGAGGACGACGACACCAUCGACCUCGCCCUCGGCACGACCAAGUCGGAGCUCAUGUCCUACAUGGACGUCGGCGGCCGUCGUUACCGCGACGACGAGACGCAGGCCUACCUGAUCGACUUCUUCGUCCGCUGCGGACGCGACAACGUCGGCAACUUCCAGGAGUGGUACGCCAUGUUGACGGAUGACGAGAAGGCCAAGCUCAGCGAGCUUGCCACGGCAGCCGUGCAGCAGUAG